AUGCCUCCUUGCAUUCUCCGUCUCCGUACAGAAAGCAGCCUUACAAUGAGCGAACGGCACAGCCAUCGCCUCAUCCGCGAUCUAGUCGCUCAUAAGGAUGCCAUCUUCGGUGAAUUGAAACACUGGUCCGGUGUCAUGGGAAUCAGAACAUCCACCGACCAUCCUCGCGUGGAUAUUCCGCCCCAGAACAUCAAUAUCCUCGACGGCAACGCACUCGAUCUCGCGGCUGAGUGUUCGUCCUUUGAGGCGCGAAUUGCUCGCUAUGGCAGUAUUGAGCUCUUCCUGGGUGGUGUGGGUCCAGACGGGCAUAUCGCUUUCAACGAACCAGGCUCCUCUUUGAGCAGUCGUACUCGUGUCAAGACCCUGGUAUAUGACACAAUCAUGGCUAACUCGCGGUUCUUUGGCAAUGCCUUGGAUUUGGUGCCGCGGAGGUCACUUACCGUGUGUAUUCAGACUAUCAUGGAUGCUCGCGAAGUUGUCAUCGUGGCUACCGGUGCUCACAAGGCUCGUCAUCAGCACGGAUGAGAGCAAGUCGGGAAUCGCACAGCAUUAAUUGCCUGCGAUGUUCCGUCGCAAGAUGUUGGAUGAUGGGACACAGCCAUCUGGAAUCACACGGCAUAAAUUGCCUGCAACAAUCAUCGUCGCCUGACUGUUCCGUCG